UGGUUCCACCAGGGAGCCCCGGACCGAUCACUCGCCAUGAGUCAUACGACAGCUUAGCAUCUGACCACAGCGGGCAAGAGGAUGAGGAGUGGCUUUCACAGGUCGAAAUAGUGACUCACACCGGGCCUCAUCGACGCCUAUGGAUGGGCCCACAGUUCCAGUUCAAAACAAUCCAUCCCUCAGGCCAAACUACCGUCAUUUCAUCCAGUUCUUCAGUGCUGCAGUCGCAUGGUCCAAGUGACACCCCGCAGCCUCUUCUGGACUUUGAUACAGAUGAUCUUGAUCUCAACAGUCUCAGGAUUCAGCCCGUUCGUUCAGAACCUGUUAGUAUGCCGGGGUCAUCACGUCCAGUUUCUGAUCGCAGAGGAGUUUCAACAGUGAUUGAUGCUACCUCAGAACCAAAGCUAAAUUGGGUGCCGGUUAGUACUCUAGCUAUGAGUGGAGUGCUACAAAAAGCCAAAGCUGGUGCCAGCAAGCAGUUGCUGCAGAGAGCAGCCGAUGCGUGGGGUGAGCCGGGAAGGGGAGCGUGGGGUGAAAGGAGUCCCUGUUUGUCACCGUCCUCCUCCUCGGCCAGUUCUCGUGUGCAAGUACAGAGUCGCUGGCAGUGCCUGCAGCUGGGGGGGCUCUGCAAAUAG